GCUGUUCGGGGAUCGUCAUCAUCAGUCCUACAACGAGAUGUCACGCGCAUUCUGUUCACACUAGCAUCUUUCACCUCUUCUGUCUUACCGAGGAAACGGCACACGUUACAGAAGGAGACGCACUUUUCGAAGCGUUUUGUCGUUGCAUCUUUCAGAGGGACGUAAACAGUGGAUACGUGGACAUGGUAAAGUGCACUCUAGGCUCGCAUGUCUCGGUUGCAUUAAAUCCUGGCUUGUGAAAGACUUUUAAUGCACAUCCUCACCAAUGCUUCACCUUGUUAACAACGGCGACGUGCUUUUCACGCAAUGAUGUGCUUGCCUUUGUAGCCAACGAACAGUUGGUGUUUUGAAAGAUCUCUCUAUGCUGGCUUCAUUUAUGCACCUCAAAAUUUGGGAAGGAAGAGGACGAGAAACAAUGACUGACUACUGAAGCACUACCUCAUGAUAAAAUAUUUUAUCGUCUUCAUUUUGGACCCCUACAGGUCCACCCACAAACACAGAAGUGGUGAAUAUAUUUAAAACUUCUUCAUCUUUUCCUUUCAACCCUGUUCGCAAAGACUGACUUGGAUCAUCCUUCAGCGUUACCACACUUUUCCUCCUCUCUUUUAAAAGAGAGGAAUCAGGAGCAGAGCCUCAGGUUGUGGACACCACGGCAGUAACUGUGGGAGCACAUCCAAAGACGAUGGUCCACUGUGCGGGCUGCGAGAGGCCUAUAUUGGACAGGUUUCUCCUUAAUGUUCUGGACAGAGCAUGGCACAUCAAGUGCGUACAGUGCUGCGAGUGCAAAUGUAACCUAACAGAGAAAUGCUUCUCUCGAGAAGGAAAACUAUAUUGCAAAAACGACUUCUUUAGGCGCUUUGGAACAAAAUGCGCGGGUUGUGCUCAGGGGAUCUCGCCGAAUGACUUGGUCCGGAGGGCACGGAGCAAAGUGUUUCAUCUGAACUGCUUCACAUGCAUGAUGUGUAACAAGCAGCUGUCCACAGGAGAGGAAUUGUACAUCAUAGACGAAAAUAAAUUUGUCUGUAAAGACGAUUAUUUAAGCAACACGAACGGAAAAGACUCAAAUCUCCUAUCAGUUACAGCUUGCAGUGAUCCUAGUUUAUCGCCAGAUUCUCAAGACCAGCUACAGGACGAUGUCAAGGAUGCGGAAAUCGCUAAUUUAUCGGACAAAGAAACGGGUAACAAUGAAAAUGAUGACCAGAACCUCGGAGGCAAACGGAGAGGACCGCGUACCACUAUUAAAGCAAAGCAACUGGAGACACUGAAAGCGGCAUUCGCGGCGACCCCCAAACCAACCAGACACAUCAGGGAGCAACUGGCGCAGGAGACGGGACUCAACAUGCGAGUUAUUCAGGUAUGGUUUCAGAACCGGCGGUCCAAAGAACGGCGUAUGAAACAGCUGAGCGCGCUCGGCGCCAGGAGACACGCGUUCUUCCGGAGUCCGAGAAGAAUGCGAACGCUUGUGGACAGACUCGAGCCUGGAGAAUUAAUUCCAAACGGCCCGUUUUCAUACUAUGGAGAUUAUCAAAGUGAGUACUACGGCCCAGGAGGGAAUUACGACUUCUUUCCCCAAGGCCCUCCAUCCUCACAGGCCCAGACUCCUGUAGACCUCCCCUUUGUUCCCUCAUCAGGACCCACCGGUACCCCACUAGGGGGCAUGGACCAUCCUAUCCCCGGUCACCAUCCGUCCAGUGAAGUACAGCGCUUUUCAGACAUCAUGUCUCACCACCCGGGAGACUCGCCUAGUCCUGAGCCCGGCAUUCCUGGACCCCUGCACAGUAUGUCCUCAGAUGUUUUCGGGCCCAGUCCGUCCUUUACGUCCCUCUCGCUGAACGGCAGCGGAUACAGCAACCACCUCUCCCAUCCUCCGUCAGAAAUGAACGAGGGCACGGUCUGGUAGCUGCUGUGAAUGGACGUUCCGGUGGAGGAGGGAGGGUGGGAACGGGGACACACUGAUCGGCCGCACAUUCUGGUUCUUAUUUUUGUCUCUUAUUUCACCCCCAUGUCAUAAGUGUGCUGGGAGAGAGCAGCAGAGGGCAGCAUGGGCAUUGACAUUUACCUUCUUGAACUCGUUGUGUUGAUGUUCCGUUUCUUUCUUUCCUUCUUUAUCCCAAAUCCGAACUCAAGAAGAGAUACUCUUGACCCGGUCGCUGUAUGAACUCCGCUACGAGGCGUCCCUCCACAAAUCGGUUUAAUCGGCGCUCUAAAAACAGCGAUUGCGACACAUUAACAGCGUCAGCAACCGUCAAAGACUUGUCAGCUUUACAGAGAAACACCCGAGGCGGCUGAUCUAACGCUAACCUGCAAUGUUGACUCCAGGAGAGAUCUAAGCCGUCAGACUAAUUUAUUUAUUUGAAAACUCCUCAGACCUCCUUGCCUUUCAAGGCUCUGCCAUACUGACACUUAAACAACCUUUUCGACACUAAAUACGUUUCUGAAGGCCAGGGAGAAAAGCUUUUCUUUUUCUCGUUCUGGACAUAUCCUGUUUUUUCCGUUUAGUUUUUUUCUUUCCCAAGAAUUCCACCAAAUCUAAAGAAGUUAGCCUUCAAAAGGCGAAACAUUCAAAUGCGUAUGGAUUGUGCACCCUUUAUUUAAUGGAAGAGAACUUGAAAUGUUGAUAAAUGAAGUCUACCUUCUAAAAUUAUUUUAACCAAGGGUCUGAAAGGGACAUAGAACAGUCAACUGUUUACGUAAUAUAUUUAAUUCAGGAGUUAAAAAGUAUCAACCAUGAUUUAGAACCUCUUGAUCCAGAAAAAAAUGUUCCAAGCAACCAACCAAACUUUUGUAUUGAUUUUAUUUAUAUUGUAUGAUGAAAAUGAGUUUGCUGGGGUUGUGGUUCACUGUGCUAGUUUGUACAAAAUGUUGUUUACAAAAAAAAACUUGGAAAAAAAAAGAAAAAAAAUACAAGUAGACAGUUGCCAAAUAAAAACAUAGCACAAAUACUGUAAAAGUGCUUUGCACCAUUAUCUGCAGAACGUGUUGAAACAAAGUGUAAGUGUUUAAAAAACUAUAAGAAGUAUUGACUUCUUAAUUUUUUUAGUCUGCUGAAGAAAAAAAAACACAUUCAUAAAUUGUUAAUAUAACAUACUUAGACCUACAAGUUUUAUUUUUGUGUCUUUAAAGGAAAAUCCAAACUAUUGAAAUUGAUGGUCAAAUGUGCAGCAAACGCAGCUGCUGCUUUCUUUAAAUAUCAAAUUCUCAUGGUAUGUCUUUUAUUGUUCUAAUAAACCUAAGCUUACGUGACCUCCAGUGCAUAUUAGACCAUUCACUGUAUAAACACGACAUGUUGAACAAAUUUGUGAGUUUUUAAUAAAACUAGAAACUAUGACAUUCGGA